AUGUUAUUAAAAUCUCACACCCCACUUCGGCCUUCAAAUUUCAGCAUUCUUAACAUAAGCAGAUCAAAAUACAGAUCUCCUUCAAGGCAGUCAAAUAGUUCGUCAAAGAGUCCCAGUCAUUUACGCAAAAGAUUCACUCCAACCGUAAAUAAAUCGUUUACCCCAUAUGAAGAAACUACUCCAAUACAUUUUCGAAGCCCUUCAGUAGAUCGCACUCUAAAAAGUUCUACUAUAAUAGGAGGUGCGAAAAAGAGAAGAAAUCAUUCAUUAAAAGCCACAAGCAAGUUGUCAACGCUACUUGAAGAAAAAGAAACUUGUUUAGAUAGAGGAAAACAAUUAAUAAGCCAAGGACAUUUAGAAGAAGCUUUAAAAUAUAUUACAAAAGGAAUUUCAAAAUUUUCGAGAUUUGUGGAAGGGUAUAUUUUGAGAGGGCAGUUAUAUUUAGAGCAGCAACUGUAUGAUAAAGCAUUAUAGGGCUUUCCCUUGAAUAUCCCGAUAACGGGCUGGCUUCAUCCCGUUAUCAGGCUAUUCAAGGGAAAGCCCUAUAAGUGAUUUUAGAAAAGCAUUUUCUUAUAACUCAAAAGAGCCUUUGUCUCUGUUUGGAAUUGCAGACUGUCUGCAUGCUCUAGGAGAUGAUGAAGCUGCAAUUGAUUAUAUUGAUCAAGCUAUUAAUCUGCCUCAAUCUUAUUUACUUGCUUUAUUAAAGAGAGCUAAAUUGUGCCAAGAAAAAGAUCCUGAAAAAGCAUUAGAAGAUUUCAAUACCUAUUUGUCAUGUAAACCAGAAGAAUCUGAAGCAUAUUUAGGGAAAGCCACAAUUUUAUUCAACCUAAAGCAAUAUUCUGAAGCAGCUUUAUGCUUCGAGCAAGCUAUAAAAUAUGAUAAAGAAAUGAAAUGCAGCCCUACUGCUAUUUAUUAUCUUGGAGCAAUUAAAAUAAGAGAAAAAGACUUCUAUGGCGCUUUACAUGCAUUUAAUAGAUGAAAGGGAGCAAGUGAGAUGAAGCAGCAAAAAAUUUUAAGAUCUUUUGCUGAAGCUGUGAUUUUUAUGAUGAAAAGAAAGUACAAAGAAGGGAUCAUUUUAUUUACGAAGCUGAUUAAAAAAAAUUACUCACUCCCCCCCCCCCCUCCGUGAGCGAACAAAAAAAAUUUUGUUCGCUCACGGAGGGGGGUUUAAUUUUUUUUUUUAAAAUAAUUUAUAUAUAAAUUUUAUAAAAAAUAUUUUUUUCGAAAUUUAAAAAAAUCCUAAUUUGCAAAAAUUGGGAAGCAAAUAUUAAUUUAAUUUGCAAAAUUUAUGUUUUAAAACGCAAUUUGUUUUUAAAAUUAAACAGAAUUAGCUCUAGAUUUCAUUAUACUAAUUAUCACUUAUAUAUCAAAAUUUUUUUCCAUUAAAAUUUUUUCUAUUAAAAAAAUUUUUGUUCACUCACGGAGGGUGGGUUUUUGGUCAAAAAAUGGCGAUUUUUCUAAAUUUUUUGUUCGCUCACGGAGGGGGGGGGGAGUCAGUAUUGCAAGAGUAUCAAGGAAACUGCUAUACUUAUAGAGCAUAUGGGUAUAAUGCGUUAAAUCAGCAUGAAAAAGCUUUAAGUGAUCUAAAAAAAGCAUCUUCUUAUUUCAAGCUUGAUAGUGCGUCACGCUAUAACCAGAAAUUAUCACAGGGGUUAUAUCAUUAUACUAACUUAUCUUAUUAUAGGUAUAAGAAUUAAAAAACAUAUUAAAGCUUUUUUUAAUAAAGUAUCUUAUGCACUAGCCACAUAGAGUAUGUGAUAUAUUAGCGAAUUAGCUAGAAUCCGAAUGAAAAUUGAUUUGAGCGAUUAUAUAGCAUAAUCCCUAUAUUUUAUUACUAUAAAAGAUGGAGAGUUAUGAUUAGGAUAGGGUAGGACAGAUUUCAAUCUUGAUUUUGUGAAAAAUUGUUCAAUUAUGGAUCGAAUUAAUCAUCGAAAUCGUUCGAUCAAGCACUUGGAGAGUAAGAAAAAUUAUGCAUCAUCAAUAAGCUACUUUCAAAAAGCCCAUUCAAUUUUUCCUAAAAAUCCUGAACCUGAAAUUUUCCAUUCAGCUGUUCUUCUCAAAAUUGCAUUUGAUUCACAGCCAUUUGAUAAAGAACUCCUAGAAGAAGCUGAAGACCUUGUCAAUAAAGCUGCCAAAAAGCGAGAAAUUGAAAGUGAAACUUAUUUUUUCAGGGCUGUUCUUCGGUAUCUAAACAAUAAACCUAAGGACGCAUUAGACGACGUGAAAUUAGCAAUUGAAAAAGCCGAAGACAACCAGUACGAGCAUUAUGUGCUUAAAGGGCUCUGUCAUGCAACUUUGCAUCUGUUUCAGGACGCAGCUCAAGAUUUCAGCAUAGCUCAUCAGCUUAAUGAAAGUUUAUUAUACAUCCUCUCUUAUAGAGGAAGAUGCGAAUAUCUUACAGACGACACCAGCUCAGCAUUUUCUGAUUUUCAAAAACUAGUGAUGAAUGAUCCAACUAACAUAUCAUUUCACAUGCAAAAAGCAGAUUUAUUUAUGCUUACUGGAGCUUAUGAUGACGCUAUUAAAACACUAGAUGAUAUACUUGACAUUGAAAAUGAUUUUGAUGCGAUUUAUCAAAAAUUAAAAUGCUUUAUUCUUAUGAAUAGAAUAGAAGAAAGCUUUAUUGAAAUCAAAAAAGUGCUGCAAAUGAAGCCAAAUCAUAAAACUGCUCAAUUUGAUAUGGAGUGCCUGAAAUAUUUAAGAAAAAUGAUUAAGGCCGAAAAAAAAUCUGAAGAUUGGAAAGAAAUGACAAGAGUUUGCCAAAAUUGGAUAGAUAUGGGCAAAGGAGAAAUAUUUGAUAAAAAAUAUAUUUUGUGGAUUAAAGGGGUCACACUGAUGUAUACAGGAGAGUUUGAUGAGAGUUUGUAUGAAUUCCAGAAAGUGUUGGAAAUUAUUCAUGCAAAAGAUGUGAGCUUGUUGAAUUCGGAUGAAGCACUAAUAGCAGAAGAAGAAAAUUGUGAAAUUUUGUUUAACAUAGCUUUGUGCCAUUUAGACAGAAGUAUGUCUCAUUCCUUACAAAUCUUUCAAGAUCUAGCCAAAAUUCUGAAUAGUAAGCACAAAGGGCAGAUGCUAUUUCUAUGUGCAUUGAUUGAAAUUUCCUUAUUUUCCCUAAAUCAAUAAUGGUAAUUAUUUUUUGGAUGCAUUUCGAAGUAAUUAUUUCAAAAUGGUGGAAAAAAAUCUAUCAAAAAUAUAUAUUUAAAAUAAAUUUUCAUAAUAUUUUUAAAAAUAUAGCAAACUCAAUUUUUUCGAGCAAAAAGCUUGGAGAUUUAGAAAAUUCAGACUCUGCAGAGUCCCUUCUAAAAGAAGCUUUUCGAUGUGAUCCAGAUUCCAUAAAACCUUUUUUGAAUAACGAGCCCACUCACAUAAUGCCAUUGAAUACAAACAACGACUUCGCAUCUAACUUCCCAUUCAUGGACCUCCCUUUCAACUGUAGUCCUAAAGUCCAAAUUCGGCCAGCAAUUUCUCUACCUCGAGUUGACCUCCCUUCUUUAAAUUUUGAUAUACCAGAAGAAAGAGUCCGAGAGUUUUUCACUAUUUCCAAAGUUACCCCAAAGCCUGAAGCCCCAUGACUAAAUAGAGUUAGAGGCUCAAUUCAGUUUACUGAACUAAUUGUAGAUAUAGACACUGAGCCUACAGAAAUUUCUGACGAAGAUACAAAGCCAACACUUCAAAAAUCUUCAGUAUCAGAAGACAGCGAAAUUAAAAGACAAGUAAAAUCUGCAGCUCCACUUAGGCAUUUUUCUUCUUCAUGAAUAAUAGCAGAUGAGAGUAUUACUAAGCUUGGUGAAUCUAUCAAAAAUGCUGAGGAAAAUCGGCAUGCUCCAGAAAUAUCUAAUGCUCCAGAAGAUGUCUUGCAAAAGAUCAAGCAAAUAUGUAAACCUGUAUAA